AUGAGCUUCAGCUCGGAGCACUACCUGUGCGGGCCUUCUUCCUACCGCAAGGUGUUCGGAGACAGCUCUCGCCUGUCCUCGCGCCUCUCCGGGGUUGGCGGCGCCGGCAGCUACCGCUCCCAGUCGCUGUCCCGCUGCAAUGUGGCCUCCUCCGCCGCCUGCUCCACCGCGUCUCUCGGCCUGGGCCUGGCCUACCGCCGGCCUCCCGCGUCCGACGGGCUGGACCUGAGCCAGGCGGCGGCGCGCACCAACGAGUACAAGAUUAUCCGCACCAACGAGAAGGAGCAGCUGCAGGGCCUCAACGACCGCUUCGCCGUGUUCAUCGAGAAGGUGCAUCAGCUGGAGACGCAGAACCGCGCGCUCGAGACCGAGCUGGCGGCGCUGCGGCAGCGCCACGCCGAGCCGUCGCGCGUGGGCGAGCUCUUCCAGCGGGAGCUGCGCGACCUCUGCGAGGAGGAGAGCCGCGGGCGCGAGGGCGCCGAGCGCGCCCUGAAGGCGCAGCAGCGCGACGUGGACGGCGCCACGCUGGCCCGCCUGGACCUGGAGAAGAAGGUGGAGUCGCUCCUGGAUGAGCUGGCCUUCGUGCGCCAGGUGCACGACGAGGAGGUGGCCGAGCUGCUGGCCACGCUGCAGGCGUCGUCGCAGGCUGCGGCCGAGGUGGAUGUGGCUGUGGCUAAACCAGACCUGAGUUCGGCGCUGAGGGAGAUCCGCGCCCAGUACGAGUCCCUGGCCGCCAAGAACCUGCAGUCAGCCGAGGAGUGGUACAAGUCCAAGUUUGCCAACCUGAACGAGCAGGCGGCGCGCAGCACCGAAGCCAUCCGGGCCAGCCGCGAGGAGAUUCACGAGUACCGGCGCCAGCUUCAGGCGCGCACCAUCGAGAUCGAGGGCCUUCGUGGAGCCAAUGAGUCCUUGGAGAGGCAGAUCCUGGAGCUGGAGGAGCGACACAGCGCUGAAGUGGCUAGCUACCAGGAUAGCAUUGGGCAACUGGAGAAUGACCUGAGGAACACCAAGAGUGAGAUGGCACGCCACCUUCGGGAAUACCAGGACUUACUCAAUGUCAAAAUGGCUCUUGACAUUGAGAUAGCAGCUUACAGGAAACUGCUGGAAGGAGAAGAGACACGUUUUAGCACCAGUGGAUCAAGCAUUUUAGGGCUGAAUCCACUUCCCAAUCCAAGUUACCUGCUCCCACCUAAAAUCCACAGUUCUGCAACCUCCAAAGUCUCAUCCGCUGGGCUGUCUCCUAAGAAAGAGGAGGAGGCAGAGGAGGAGCCUUCUAAGGUAGCCUCUAAGAAAACCUCCCACAUAGGGGAAAGCUUUGAAGAAAUACUGGAGGAGACAGUAAUAUCCACUAAGAAAACCGAGAAGUCAAAUACAGAAGAAAGCACCAUUUCAAGCAAAAAAAUAUAAUUCUGUUGCUUAAAAAAGAGUUAAUGCUUAAGAGGGGAUAAUAUGCAUUUGACUUGUUAAACAGCCUAUUCCUGAACCAAAACACCUUUCACCACUAUAAAACGUCUUCAAGGCUUCAGUCUCAUAUUUAGCAUUCAUUGAAUACCUACUUUCUCUAAUAAGAAAACCAUCCCUUAGAUUGGAGCAAACUGCAGGCCUAGAGCCAUCACAGAGGAGUUACCUAGGAACACAGCUUUCUCACCUAAAGCUCGGGCUUUACAGUGAGAGAUGAUUCAGGUACAGAGGAAGUGCAAACUAAGGUGCUAAAUCUGUGAUCAUCACUUGCUGUGGAUUAAAAUUAAAACCUGUUUCACUCACUAUAACCAGCCAUUGCCCAGCU